AUGAAGUCACCACGGCCCACACUCCUGGUAUGUUGGGAGACUCGCUCAGCACUAGUGGCCGCUCUGAGCGAACUCCAGUCUCUCUCUUACCCGAGCUGCGCGCUCCUUUGUUUAGAGAUACUCACUGCCCCGCAGCUGCUGCAUGCAAAGUGGAGUCCAGGACCUCUGCCCGCCCCCCAGACUCUCUGUUCCCGGGGUGCGCAUUGCCCGCUUUGUUUGCAGAGUUGGGAGCUCGCCUUCUGCCCCAUCCUAAGGCUGUCCCGGGUCUCCCCAGCCCUUGGAGAUUUCCACGAGUUUGCAGGGGCUGAGAUUUCUCUCCGCUCCUUCUCGCAGGCUCAGCCCUGCGCUGGACAACUUUGUUUUUUUCCCCCAGGGUCUGGUGGUUGCUCUGGGCUUUUUGUUGGCUAUACUGUGUCUUUUCACCUUCAGCAUCACCUUCCCAGUAAAAGGAACAAAGAAGUUAGAGACCACAGCAAAGGAGGGAGAGACGCUAAGGAGGGGAAGAGGAGGACAUUUCUGCCUGGUGGCAGCUCAGAAAUUCAGGGGCAGGAAUGGUUUCCCAAUCUUGAAGUCUGGCUUCUUAUUUUUCCACUAGUAGCUUACCGGAUCUCUGUAACAGAACACUCGGCUCUUACAGACAGCAGACCAGUCCAGCCAGGUCAAGACCACCAGAGCUAUGUGAUGAUGAAGAAAGUCAUAGGUGAGAGCUGAGUAGCUCACAACAGUUGACCAGAUGUAGAAUGUGUGAUUACACAGAUCCGUGGAAUAAGUGCAGAAGUGGAAAUGUUUGGAGGGAAAGGAGAAGGAGAAAGAUGAGAUAUGAGGUCAAGAGAGC